UAUUGCAAUAAGUUAAAUUCAAAAAUGUAUUCCUACAAACCAAAUGUGCUUGACGCUUAUGGUCAAAUAAAGUUGGCUAUUCUUGUUCUGUGUUUAAGUUUAUCAACCUGUAGUGUUAAUGGAAGUGGUUGCGGAAUUACUUUACCAACUGAUAUGCCCACAUCCGAGCCUGUGUGGCUUAGCUCACUGGAUGGUUUGAGUCCUUAUGUGCUCUUUAAACCAACUGGUCAGGUAACUACAAUUCCUAAUGGUGGAAAAUUACUGCUAGUAUGCCCAGGUUCAGGAAAUGCGAUAAAUUUGCUCAACCAACAAUCGCUGGAACUUUACUGUCAUACAGAUGACACAUUCAAAAGUGUUGUAGGUAACGUGGCAUAUACUCUUAAUCAAUUAGGCUGCAAGUCUAUACCGACUUCAGUGCUACGUUUAACAUCAGAAACCUGUUCAAAUGGUCAAGGUUACAUAUUUAAAGCUGGAUUUGAAUAUAACACAAAUCAAUUUGCAAGUGUUUUCAGCAUUUGUUAUAGUAAUGUAACUGAAAACACAUUUUACACUCAUAAUACAGUAAAUGGUGCAGCAAUAAAUUUUAACAUACAAGAGAGCACAAGACGUGCAUUUCGAGCGGAAGGAAUGCAGUUCACAACUACAGCAACGAACAAUUUCUAUACAAUCAACAACCAAAUCUCACGUUUCGAAUCCUAUUUCGGUUCAAGUCAACCAUAUAUAACGACUACAAGCUAUUUGGCACGUGGUCAUCUAACACCAGAUGCAGAUUUCAUUUUUGGUUAUGAGCAGUUGGCGACGUAUUUCUACACCAAUGCAGCGCCAGAAUUUCAAAUUGUAAAUGCCGGUAAUUGGAUACGAGUUGAAAAUUUAGUACGUAGUCUGGCAGUCACUUACAAUGAUGAUCUGCAGAUCUACAACGGUUAUAUGGGUAUUCUGCAAUUACCAACAACAAGUAAUACGUUGGUAUCAAUUUAUUUGGAUGCAACAAAUAAAAUUGAAGCUCCCAAAUAUUAUUUUAAGGUUGUGAAGCGUGAAGCAACUAACUCAGCUAUCGUAUUUAUUACGCUGAAUAACCCAUUUGCUACUACUGGAGAUAUUGAUGAAUUUUGUACUAAUGUCUGUCAAAGAGCUGGUACCAACGUUGCAGAGUUUACAGAUUUGACACGUGGUUAUACGUUCUGUUGUGAAUUGGAAGACUUCAAAACUCACUAUGCUGACCUUCCUUCUACACUAACUGCCAUAAACUUAUUGAAUGAAGUUAUAAGUACCACAACUACAGAACAACCAACAACUCCUACUACUACUACUACUACUACUGCUGCACCUACAGGCUGCACUAUAACAAUGCCUACGGAUAUACCGAAUCCGGAACCAGUUUAUGUUAUAAGUACUAUCGCAAAACCGACACCAGAACUUCUAUGGCCCACAGGACAAGUGACUACUUUACCAAUUGGCAGUAGCUUAACGGUGUUCUGUGCUGGAAGUGGCAAUCAAUUGGUUGAUUUGGCACAACAAAAAUUAACGCUAACAUGUCAGAGUGGCAAUGUCUUUUAUAGUACUGAAAAAUCACAAAGUUAUACACUAUCGCAAUUGCGCUGUACUAGUAUACCCACAUCUGAUCUACUACUUACAACAACACCAUGUUCAAAUAAUCAAGGUGUAGUGUAUAAAGCAGGCUUCACAUUAGAUUCCAACAAUUUCUUACACUUGUUUACCAUAUGCUAUGACAGCAAUACGGAGCAAACACUGUACUCACGUAGUAUUAUCAAUGGCGCUACACAAAAUUAUAAAAUAAACGAGAGCACCCGUCGGGCCUUCCGCGCUAAUGGUAUGCGUUUUACUACCACAGCCACUAACAACUUUUACACAACCAAUAAUCAAAUAUCGCGGUUCGAAAACUAUUUUGGUGUGAACCAAGCUUAUAUAACAUCCUCAAGUUUUCUGGCUCGUGGUCAUUUAGCCCCUGAUGCAGAUUUCGUUUUUGGUUAUGAACAAUUGGCAACCUAUUUCUAUACAAAUUGCGCACCAGAAUUUCAGGUUAUAAAUGCUGGUAAUUGGAUACGUGUUGAGAAUCAAGCUAGAAGUCUUGCUACACAAUUUGGGUCUGAUCUAUUGACAUUUACAAGUACUUUGGGUAUACUACAACUACCCACAACUGCAAAUGUGUUAACUUCGAUAUAUUUGGAUGAUGGCAGUUACAUUGAAGCACCAAAGUGGUACUAUAAAAUACUAAUGCAUCCGGACUUGGAUACAAGCCUUGUAAUGAUUACCUUAAAUAAUCCAUUUGCUGCUGUCACAGAUGUUGUCGAAUUCUGUACGAAUGUGUGUGAUUUGUAUGGCAUUAAUUCAUCGUUUUACACAGAUAUCACACGUGGAUACACUUUUUGCUGUACAUUGAGUGAUUUCCAGAACUCUGUUUCUGGUUUGCCAACUUUUGACAUACCAUUGGGUUGGAGUCUUUAAAAAUUCAAAAUUCAGGUCAGGCCACAAGGUUUAAAAAUAUAAUUUGAAAUAAAUCGUUUGCAUUUAGUGAAAUA